UUUAAUUUCACAUCUAUACUUUUGGUCUCGAGGGACAAUGUUUGAUGUAACACCAAGCAGGAAACAGCCACGGGUGUCACUUUCUAAACAGUCCGUCAUCGGCGAGUUCUGCAUGGAGGGUAAAAUGAGCAGAGGCCGAGGCGGCGGCUGGAGGAGAGGUGGACGCGGGGGCCAAGACGGCGACGGGGUUCAAGGUGAUCACCGAGGCCGCGGGAAACGGGACCAUCACCGGGGUCGCGGUCGCGGUCGCGGUCGUGGAGGAAGCGGUUCCGCAGCGGGCUUUCCUGCUCCAGCGGACCAGGAUGACGGGUUUGAUCUGGAGGAGGAGCGACAGGAGGUCUUCUCCAGGAGGAAGCUGGAGUCCAACUGGGAUCGCUACAAGGAGUCCGAGAGGGUGGAGCAGGAGGAGGACAUGCCCACUCGCAGAGGAGAGGACUACCAUGUGCUGCUGGAGUCAGCAGGAGAUUCCUUCACUCACUUCAGGUUUUCAGAGGAAAAGGACUGGGAGACGGACGCCAUCCCAGCCGCUCAGAUGUCGGUGGUGUUUGUGGACCUUGCGGCGCUCGCUCGAACCCUUCAAGACGUUCCUCUCAACCGGAGGCUCGACCUGGAGGCGGAGCUGCUUCAGGCUUCGACUCCUGCAGAUCUUCCUGCUGCCGUCACUCCCAGACAGGAAGUACCAAAGCCCUCUAAGUUUGCUUCUCCCUCCAAGACCGUCAGCAACUCCGCCCCAAGUCCAGCGCCCGUGGCUCCAACGGUGAAAGAUACUCCGCUCUGGACUGCUGCGUCUGAACCCGCCGUGGAGGAUGGGGAUGAAGAGCUGGACCAGCUGCUUGGUUUACAGAAACUUGACAACCAGUCAGCCGUUGCCAUGGAGAAGGAGGGCGUUCCUGUCGUGGUGACGGAGGCAGCGGUGGAGGAGAAGAGUGCAGACGCCAGCCCUGUGAAGUCUGCGCCCGUCAGGCAGGAGAUGUCGGAGGAGGACCUGGAGGAUUGGCUGGACAGCAUGAUCUCCUGACGGCUUUAGCAGAAGAUACAGGAAUCGGGAGAUGCCAAGGGGCGGGGCUAAGCCUUAAGACCAAUCAGAUGACCCAGGAAAGUAUGUGGUCUCACGUCCAACGUUCAAAAGGAUUGAAAGAUUUUCCAGAGUCUACUUUCAAGAAGUAGGGCGAUAGACUUCCAACAGGCUGGCUCCUGAUUGGUGAGAGAGUUGUUACCAUAGCAACAUUGACUCAUUGACUGAAUCAUGCCUGGUGUCUGGUUCCAAUAUGACUGCAUUUGUUCUGCAAAAACCUGUGACUGGAUUGACUGGAUUUCAUUUUCUAAGGGUGAUAUGAGACUCACUCAGUCCAGUUCCCUAAUACAGUCAAUGGUUUGGACUAAAAGCAUAAAUAAGAUCUGGAUUAGAACGCCUGAAAUCAGUGAUGUUCUGUCCUUGAUCGUUUCAAGUUUUAGGUAAGUUUGAAAAAACUGAAACGUGAGGUCAGCAGUGCUUCCAUUUAUCAGUUUCUUCUCGCUGCCAGACUUUCUGAACGUUUAGUCGAGACGACAAUGCCCACAAUGCCGUUGGGUUUCUAACAUCUGCGCUAAAGAACGUACCCUGAAUGAUGGCCAGGAGGAUGACGAUGACAAAGAAGAAGAAGGUGAUGUCAAACAGGAUGCGGUAGAGCUCGUAGGGAUCUCCAGCUGGGUCCUCCAACUCGUCUCCAAUGCCUCCUCCAGCCCUCACGCCCACAUACAUGUGGAACAAGUAGCACUGCAGAGAGACUUCAGUCCUCAGCUUCAUGUCAGCACAGCAACAUUUUUCUAUCCAACAGAUGAAUGUUUCCUUCAGCAGGAACUCAUUUCUUUUUUAAAAGAGUAAAAAAAAAGACUCUGAAUUUCUUUCUGGCUAUGAAAAGCAUGGAUUUUUCAAACGGUAAUUACAAGUGUGGCUGAAGAAAGGCAUCUGCGACUGGCUCCAAGGUCAGCAGUUUGGAACGGCCUUCAGUGAAAAUAAAAGCCUAAGGAAUCUCA